AUGACGGCUGUCAAUGUUGCCCUGAUUCGUGAUACCAAGUGGCUGACUUUAGAAGUCUGUAGAGAAUUUCAGAGAGGAACUUGCUCUCGAGCUGAUGCAGAUUGCAAGUUUGCCCAUCCGCCAGGAGUUUGCCACGUGGAAAAUGGUCGUGUGGUGGCCUGUUUUGAUUCUCUAAAGGGUCGGUGUACUCGAGAAAACUGCAAGUACCUUCACCCUCCUCCACACCUAAAAACUCAGCUAGAAAUUAAUGGCCGCAACAAUCUGAUUCAACAGAAGACUGCCGCAGCCAUGUUCGCCCAGCAGAUGCAGCUUAUGCUCCAAAAUGCUCAAAUGUCGUCACUCACUUCUUUUCCUAUGACUCCGGCACUUGUAGCUAAUCCUGCUAUGACUUUCAAUCCUUACUUGCCUCAUCCUGGGAUGGGCCUGGUUCCUGCCGAAGUUUUCCCAAAUGCACCUGUUCUGAUUUCUGGAAACCCACCUUUCCCGUUGCCAGGAGUUGCUGGACCAAAACCUAUGCGUUCAGAUAAACUGGAGGUUUGCCGAGAGUAUCAGCGUGGAAAUUGUACCCGUGGGGAGAGUGAGUGCCGCUAUGCUCACCCUACCGAUUUCUCCAUGAUCGAAGUCAGUGAUAAUACUGUGACGGUCUGCAUGGAUUACGUUAAAGGUCGCUGCUGCCGGGAGAUAUGCAAGUACUUCCAUCCACCUGCACACUUACAAGCCAAACUCAAGGCAGCUCAUCACCAGAUGAACCAUUCAGCUGCCUCCGCGAUGGCUCUACAGCCUGGUGCAUUUCAACUGAUACCAAAGAGAUCGGCACAUGAAAAGACCAAUGGAGCCACCCCGGUCUUUAACCCCAGUGUUUUCCACUGCCAGCCAGCUGUGGCUAACCUACAGCUCCCGCAGCCGGCAUUUAUCCCUGCAGGGCCAAUACUGUGCAUGGCACCCGCUUCAAGUAUUGUGCCCAUGAUGCACGGUGCUACACCUACCACUGUGUCUGCAGCAGCAACACCUGCCACCAGCGUUCCCUUCGCUGCAGCAGCUACAGGCAAUCAGAUACCCCAAUUAUCAAUAGAUGAACUGAAUAGCAGCAUGUUUGUUUCACAGAUGUAG